AUGUUGACGAAAUUUGGCAAGCUAGAUGCUCUGAUAAACAACGCUGGCGUACAGCUCGAUCCACAGCUUGCAGCGGGUGAACUGUCUCAGCGUGAGAUGUGGAACCAGUUGUGGAAUAUCAACACCGUCGGGACGCAAAUUGUGACAUCUACAUUUAUACGGCUCCUGCUUCAGAGCCCUGAUCCGCGCCUCCUCUUCAUUACGUCCGGCACAUCUACACUUGCGGGAACCGAGAACCUCACUCUCCCCGUCAAUUGCUAUCCCCCAGGGGGUGGCCUUAGGCUGAAUUUAGUAUUACAGCCUAGCGCAGCGCGAAAUGUGGCCUGA